AGUAAACUGCAAAACUGUUACAUUGCAGUAGAUUUUCACUAUUUGCAAUGUUCCCAUGUUUCAUAACUGUUGCACUAUCCAGUGAGACGCGUCAGAUGUUUAUGUUGCAAUAAAAUCAUGUUACACCCCAUAGACAUCUAACUACACACUCAUGAGAGAUCAAAGUUUCCGAAAAUUAAUAAAGCUUCUUAUUCUGUAUCUGUUUGCCAGAAAAGUUUCACCCAUCUGGCUAUUUGACAGUUAUUUUCACUUCUUACGUCAGGCUUAUUUUGAUAAAAGCUUAUUUAAACCCUUACAACUAAGUUCACAUAUGUCCAAUGACAUAAACAGCAACAUAUUUUGCCCUCUAGCUCAGGGGAGCCAUGCCACAGAGAACACUGCGCUCUGUGUUUAUUAAGAUUCCUAACGCCACUAUAAUAAGAGUCAUGUGGAUCUACUCUUCACAAGAGGAGCCUGGAAGGAAAAAAAACACAUGCACAUCUCUAUUUUUUUUUUUUUUAAAGGGUUCUCAAUUGUAGAUGGGAUGUGCUGCCGACCCAUUAAGACCAGGCUUUUGAGCAUGUUGUGGAAAGAGGAUACAUUCUGACUCCAGUUGGCAAAAAUCCGACCGGAGCCAACCAACAGCAUCACAGCCAUGGAGCCAUUUGUUGCAGUUUGAAUUUAUGCAAUGAAAGAAGUGGAAAAUAAAAAUGUAUAAACACGAAUCUCUACUGAAGAGCACUGAAGCACAGCAAGUUGUCACUGUCACAAAAACAUCUGUGUCCUUUGCAAUAACCAGCAUCAUAAUUUGUUUUAUUACGCUUCACUUCUGUCCGAGUCAACUCAGAGCACAGCUCGGGACAACCCCCAACAUUAAACACAUUGUGGUUGGGAGGUGUUACACUUACACCACACUAGUUAACCCCAGCUUAAGGUAUGACUGUGAGGAGAUCUGGAGGCAGUUUGAGGAGGCCGUUAUCAGUCAUUCUUCUUGCAAUGUGACCGUCGAGGAUUAUUUUCACAUGUUUAACGCAAUGCCACAAAUCUGGCCCUGUGAUAAUUUCCUCUUCUGGAGCAAAACCAGGACACUGAUGCACAGCUAUGCUGCAGUUUUUCGUCACUUCUGGACACUGGAAGACACGCUGGUUGGCUACAUGUUCAACGAUCUCAUCUGGUGUGGCCAAGAAGAGGAUUCUGGUUUUGAUUUCAGCUCUUGUCCGGAGUGGUCGGCCUGUCGAAGUCAUCCGGUCUAUUCCCUGUGGAGGCAAGCUUCACAAAAUUUUGCAGAGAUGGCGUGUGGCAACAUUACUAUCUUACUGAAUGGAUCUAUUGUUAAUGCCUUCAAUAGGAAAAGCAUGUUUGGAAGUGUUGAACUGGACAGUCUGGAUCCACAAAGGGUGAAUUAUGUCAACAUUAAGGUGGUGACCAGUCUAGACGGACCCCAUAUAGAGUCAUGUAGUCAAGGAUCCAUUGUAGACCUGAUCCAAAUCCUCCAAUCCAGAGGCUUUCACUGGACCUGUACAGACAAUGACCAGACCUUGAUGAUCUUGCAAUGCAUCCGAAACCCGCAACACUCAUCCUGCCAGACCUGUGCAAACACUUUGUUAAACAGAAACGGCCUUACGUCUAAUUAAAUCACAGACUGCUGUAAAAUCUAUAUCUUUCAAAGUAAAUCCAGAGUGCAAAACAAGGAACAAUAAAUACUGUAAACACUGUCAUUCUUAGAUAAUACAGGCUUCUCAAAAAUCUAACUUGAAUAAAAUGCAGUGUGCAUGUGUGUCUUUUGCGUACCCACUACACUUCACUGAUCCCCACAAAUCUGCAAGCAAAAUGCAGCUGAAACAGGUGCUUCUCAACAGUACUGCUGUGACUUCAUUAGAAACAUUUGUACAUUUGUAGAAUUAAAAGCUGCGAAUUAAUCACAGCAUUGCUGACUGUGCUCCAGUCCUCGGUCCUCUGAACUGUACUGAUCCCAUUUAAUUAGCAGGGUUAGUGUGCUUUCUGAAGACAAGAUUUCCUGUUUUACUGUCAGGGUUGUGUUAAUUUAACUGAAAACUAGAGCUCUGUCUUAAAAGAAGACACAUGAUGAUGACCUGUAUGUGGCCAGAUAUUCACAGCAUAGAAAAAAAAAGCAUAUUUGAUUUAAUUGGGUCCAAUAACCUCUUUUUUGACACAGGGUGCCUCAGCAUUGUAAUCUCAGAAACACCAUUCUGUGCAUCUAUCUUUAAGGGAUCACAAAGAAAAUAUAAAAAGCUAUGAAGUUAUUGCACUGUUUAAUUGUGGUUUCAUUAUUAGCAUUUUGCCUGUGUAGUGUGCUCAGUGUUCAUUAAACACCCAUUAACAUGAGUUUUGUGAUUUGUUUUGUUGUGUCACAGGAAGCUGCCAAGGCCAUACUUUGUCGUUCAUAUGAGUAUACAUCCACAGUUUAACAUAUAAUUGCAUUUAUCAUCACUUUAUGUGUGCUCCAAGGUAGAAUUUCAGUAGACAAUUCAUGUCUGCCAAUACACCCACAACAGGGAUGACAAAGAGGUUUUCUGCAUUCUUAAACAUUUCCUUUGAAUUUCCUUCUUUGUACUCAAAGGUCAUUGGCAUUUCUCAACAUGUUUAUAAGUAUCACUUAUUCUGUGACAUCUAAACUAGAGCCCAUAACCAUCUUACAGCAG